AUGUUGCUCAUGUCUACUGCACAUGCCAACGGAGGCUCGUUAGAGAAGAGUGCAGGCGAGGCUGUGGUGGGGAGGACAGCCAAUAACGCCACUCAUGCCACUAAUGCCACUCGUGCGACGCAUGCCACUCCUGUCACUCAUGCGACGUCUGCCGUUUGUGCUGCUCAUGAGGUAGCUGCUUCUGGUGCUGUUGCUGCUGUUGUGAGUGAUGGAAGGGGCGAUGCGGCAGGUGGGGCGGUGGGUUGUGAGGAAAGGACGGAAGCGGAUAGGGCGGGGGGUGCAUAUCCACGGGAGAGUGGUGUUGUGAGGGUGGGGGGUGGAGAGGUGGAGGGGAGUGUGCUUAGAGGUGUGGGAAUACAGGGUGCUGGGGCAGUGGAUGUAGGCUGUGAAACACGCAGGGGACGAGAAGGAGGUGGGGAGGGGUCUGGGAAGGCAGUUGAAGUGGUGGUGAGAGAACCUGGAGGUGGUAUGAGGCGAGAAGAGGGAGUGGGAGAGGAGGGCGGGGUAGAGGAAUGGAGGGUGCAGGAGCGGGAGGAUGGGGACGAUGAGGGUAAUGAGGGUAAUGAGGAUAUGAAGCAAGAGGGGGAUGAAGAAGAAGAUGGCGAGGAGAGAGGAGAUGAGGAAGGAGAGGAGAUGGGGGAAGUGCAAGGGGAGGAGCAAGGGGAGGAGGUGCUUUGUGGGCAAGACGACAUGGAGGAUGCGGAAACUGAGGAGGAGGGAGGGGAGGAGGGAGAGGAGAUGGGACAGGAGGAGCAGUGUGAAAAGGGGGAUGAGGAGAUGGGACAGGGGGACAUGUGGGAGCAACUAGAUGAGGCUGGGGCUGGGGAGGGCGGGCAAGGGCGAGAGAGGCAAGGCGGGGAGGGCGAGGGGGGGAGUGAGGGCGGGGAGGAGUCCCCUGGUGCACAGGGUCUUGUUGUGAACCUCCGAGGCAUCUUCGACUCUGUGAGCGAGGGGGGCAAUUCAGGAGGUGGUGUGGCAGGUGGUGGGGCAGGUGGUGGGGCAGGUGGUGGGGCAGGGGGUGUGGCAGGUGGUGGGGCAGGUGGUGUGGCAGGUGGUGUGGCAGGUGAGCGUGCUACAGCUGGAGUGGUGAGUCCACUUCAGGCAAGCGGGCAAGGAAGUGUGGCUGCUGAUGUGGCAGAUGCAGCCGGUGAUGUGGCUACCGUGGCAGCUGGCACUGGGGAUGAACACCCGGCUAGAGGGAAGGAGAAUGUUGAGAAGACGAGUCUUGCAAAGACAGAUCUUGAGAAGGAGGUAGGUGGAAAGAGGUUGGUGAGGGGUGAGGGCAGUGACAAGGGGAAGAAGGUGGGCCGAGGAGGGGGGAGAGAGGGAGACAGGGGACGCGGCAGAGGUGUGGAGAGGAAGAAGGAUGGGCCUCUGCCGUUGAUGGUAGAGGGCGGAGAGGAAGGGGAGCAGGGGGAGAGUGCAGGGAAGGCAGAGCGAGAGGUGAGGGAUGGCAGAAGGAAGAAGCGGAAGGGGGGUGAGCGACGAGAGGGGAAGAGGCGGAGGGAUGAGGAGGGGGCGGAGGUGAGUGAGGAGGAAGGGGAGGUUUGGGUAGGUUACAUGGAUGAAGGGGUGAGAUGCGGUGGAGAGGGAUGGGGGAGGGUGGAGGGCGGUGCUGCAGCUGGGGAAGAGGAGGACACCGUGUGGUGUGUAGAGGAGGAGAGGGGGAGGGGAUCGGUGGAAAGGAAGGUGCGUGGUGGUGGCAAGGAGAGGGAGCGAGAGAGGGAGCGGGAAAUGGAGGUACGGACAAAACGUCGAGACGAUGAAAGGGAGGUGAGGUCGAAACGCCGGGAGGAUCCCUUGAGAGAUGGGGGGCAGCGGAGAGAGGAGAGAGAAGCACGAAGCCUACCAAAGGAGCUUCCCCCGUUGGAGAGCUACCGGCCCCAACCUCCCCUCCCUCUUCUUCACCUACCAUGCCCUCAUCCACCAUCCUCCUCCCACCAUCUCCAAAUCUGCCCGCACCAGCCACCUCUUCUCCUCCUCCUUGUUUUCCAACCUUCCUCUGCCCUCGACGCCGCAAGACUUCCGCCUUCCAUCCCUCUCCUCUCCUCCUUCAGCUCGUCCUCCCCCUUGCACCUCUAG